UCAUGCCGCGCGCGCCCAGGUGCAGAGCGGUUCGCGCCCUGCUGCGGAGCAGCUACCGCGAGGUGCUGUCCCUGCCUACCUUCCUGCGGCGCCUGGGGCCCCAAGGCCGGCGGCUCGUGCGGCGCGGGGACCCGGCGGCCUUCCGCGCGCUGGUGGCCCAGUGCCUGGUGUGCGUGCCCUGGGACGCGCGGCCGAUCGCCAUCGGCCCGUCCUUCCGCCAGGUGUCCUGCCUGAAGGAGCUGGUGGCCAGGGUGGUGCAGAGGCUCUGCGAGCGCGGCUCCAGGAACGUGCUGGCCUUCGGCUUCGCCCUGCUGGACGGGGCCCGCGGCGGGCCGCCACUGGCCUUCACGACCAGCGUGCGCAGCUACCUGCCCAACACGGUAACCGAGACCCUGCGCGGCAGCGGCGCGUGGGGGCUGCUGCUGCGCCGCGUGGGCGACGACGUGCUCGUCCACUUGCUGACGCGCUGCGCGCUCUACCUCCUGGUGGCCCCGAGCUGUGCCUACCAGGUGUGCGGGACGCCACUCUACGACCUCUGCGCACCUGCCGCGGCUCGGACCCUCGCCACCCCCGGCCGCCGGCCCAGGACCCGGAUGGCCCUCACAUCCACGCGCCAGGCCCGGCAGGCGCGCGCAAGGCGGCGUCGGGGCAGCGUCGGGAGCAGUUCGCCUCUAGCCAAGAGGCCCAGGCAAGACGUGACCCCAGAGCCCGAGCGGGGGCCAGGCAGGCCGUCUUCCCGAGCCCACGGGCUGAGUGAUGGCGACCCUCGCGCAGUGGCAUCCGCCAGGGCCCCUGCUGAAGCCAGCUCCCGGGAGGGAGGGCCCCCUGGGACUCGGCUCACCUGCGCAGCCGCACAGCUGUCUCAGGGGCCCCAGGGCGCACCCCAGCACCUGUCGCACCCUGAGACCAAGCACUUCCUCUACUCCUCGGGAGGCAGGGAGCGGCUGCGCCCUUCCUUCCUGCUCAGCGCCCUGCAGCCUAGCCUGACCGGGGCCCGGGCGCUCCUGGAGACCAUCUUCCUGGGCUCCAGGCCCCCGCGGCCAAGGGCCGCCCGCAGGCCGCGUCGCCUGCCCGCCCGCUACUGGCGGAUGCGGCCGCUGUUCCGGGAGCUGCUCGCCAACCACGCGCGGUGCCCGUACGGCACGCUCCUCAGGGUGCACUGCCCGCUCCGAGCCUCGGCUGCUGCGGAGGGGCCGAGCGACCCGGCCCGCGGGCGCCUGGCGCAGCUUCUGCGGCGGCACAGCAGCCCCUGGCAGGUGUACAGCUUCCUGCGCGCCUGCCUGUGCCGCCUCGUGCCCGCCGCGCUCUGGGGCUCUGGGCACAACCAGCGGCGCUUCUUGCGGAACGUAAAGAAGUUCGUGUCCCUGGGGAAGCACGCCAAGCUCUCGCCGCGGGAGCUGACGUGGAAGAUGCGAGUGCGGGACUGUGCGUGGCUGCGCGGGAGCCCAGGGGCCCGCUGCGUCCCGGCCACCGAGCACCGUCGCCGAGAGAAGGUCCUGGCCACGCUGCUGUGCUGGCUGCUGGGCACGUACGUGGUUGAGCUGCUCAGGUCAUUCUUUUACGUCACGGAGACCACGUUUCAGAAGAACCGGCUCUUCUUCUAUCGGAAGAGCGUCUGGAGUCAGUUGCAGAGCAUUGGAAUCAGACAGCUCUUCGAUAGCGUGCGUCUUCGAGAACUGUCAGAAGCAGAGGUCAGGAGACACCAGGAGGCCAGACCCCCUCUGCUGACAGCCAGACUCCGCUUCCUCCCCAAGCCCAGCGGGCUUCGGCCGAUCGUGAACAUGGACUACGUCGUGGGAGCCAGAACGUUCCGCAGAGACAAGAAGGUCGUGCCGCACCUCGCCUCGCAGGUGAGGGCGCUGUUCAGCGUGCUCAACUACGAGGGCGCCCGGCGGCCCGGCCUCCUGGGGGCCUCUGUGCUGGGCGUGGACGACAUCCACAGGGCGUGGCGCGCCUUCGUGCUGCGCGUGCGGGCCCGGGACCCAGCGCCCCAGCUGUACUUUGUCAAGGUGGAUGUGACGGGGGCUUAUGAUGCUCUCCCUCAGGACAAGUUGGUAGAGGUGAUUGCCAAUGUGAUCAGGCCUCAAGAAAACACCUACUGUGUGCGCCAGUAUGCCGUGGUCCAGAGAACUGCUCAGGGUCACGUCCGCAAAUCCUUUAAAAGACACGUGUCCACCUUUGCGGACCUCCAGCCUUACAUGAGGCAGUUCGUGGAGCAUCUGCAGAAGACACGCUUCCUGAGGGACGCCGUGGUCAUCGAGCAGGGCUCCUCUCUGAAUGAAGCCAGCAGCCAUCUUUUCCGCCUCUUCCUGCGUCUGGUGUACGACCACGUCAUACGGAUUGGGGGCAAGUCCUAUGUGCAGUGUCAGGGGAUCCCCCAGGGCUCCGUCCUGUCCACCCUGCUCUGCAGCCUGUGCUACGGGGACAUGGAGAGCAGGCUCUUUCCCGGGAUCCAGCAGGACGGGCUGCUCCUGCGUCUGGUGGAUGACUUCCUGCUCGUCACCCCGCACCUGGCGCAAGCCAAAGCCUUUCUCAGGACCCUGGUCAGAGGUGUUCCUGAGUAUGGCUGCACAGCCAACUUGCAGAAGACAGCAGUGAACUUCCCCGUGGACAUCAGCACCCCGGGCAGCGCGGCCCCCCUCCAGCUGCCCGCCCACUGCCUGUUCCCCUGGUGUGGUUUGCUGCUGGACACGCGGACCCUGGAGGUGUUCUGCGACUACUCCAGCUACGCCCGGACCUCCAUCCGCUCCAGCCUCGCCUUCGGCCAGGGCGCCCGGCCCGGGAGGAGCAUGCGCCGCAAGCUGCUUGUGGUCUUGCGGCUCAAGUGCUGCGCCGUGUUUCUGGAUCUGCAGGUAAACAGCAUCCGCACCGUUUAUACAAAUGUUUACAAGAUAUUCUUGCUGCAGGCCUACAGGUUCCACGCGUGUGUGCUCCAGCUUCCCUUCAACCAGCCGGUGCGGAAGAACCCCUCCUUUUUCCUCCGCGUCAUCUCGGACACCGCGUCGCGCUGCUACUCCCUCCUGAGAGCCAAGAACUCAGGCAUGUCCCUGGGGGCCAAGGGCGCCUCCGGCCUGUUUCCUUCUGAGGCCGCGCGGUGGCUCUGCCUGCACGCCUUCCUGCUCAAGCUGGCUUGUCACAGCGCCACCUACAGCCGUCUUCUGGGGCCACUCCGGGCAGCCAAGGCACAGCUGUGUCGGCAGCUCCCAAGGGUCACCCUGGCCGCACUGGAGGCAGCUGCCACCCCAGGCCUGCCUGAAGACUUCAGGACCAUCUUGGACUGAUGGCCAGUCCUCCUCGAAGCCCAGGGCGGGCUCCACGUCAGGGAGGGAGCCAGCUGACUGUGCACUUCUGGCCUGGCCGGUACCCACGUUCUCCGGGAAGAGCCCACCCACCACCAGCUAGUGACUGGAGUCCUGUCCUUCAGCCACUGGCCACCAGGGGGCAGGCGGGAGAGCCUGGCUGGGGUGUCAGGCCAGCUGAACAUGGCAUGUCCCGGCCUUUGCCACGCCCCCACCCCACCCCCUGCUGUGGGGCAGCCCCUGUCUGGGGUGAGGGCGCAAGGAGGCAUGUGGGGUGCUCAGCAGUGCACGUGAGCUCCCUCCUGCUGACCUGCCCAGCGCCAGGGCCUGCACUGCCCACACCCGCCCUGGGGAGCCCUCCCUGGGCUGCAUCCAGAGUCCAUGCCCGUCGGGCUUUCCUCAGAAGCCAAGAGCCCAGUCAGCUGUUUGAGACCCAUCCCAGCCCUGCCUGUGACCUCACCCUGUCCCCACCUCGAGAUGGCCUCCUGGGGCCAGAGUGUCGGGCAUGCCCUGUUCUCAGCCACCCCUACUUCCGGACUCUUCCCCACCGGCCCUUGCUCAGCACAUGGUGGCCCCAGGUUGUCCUGGGAGUGUUCUUCUGCAUGGCCGCCUAUCUCUGCACCUGCCACCACUCCUGUGACUUCUUAGGAUCACGGAGAGAACACUCCGAGCCUUUGUCCUCAUAGGUUCAAAUGUUCCUAUGUUCCAUUAACGUACAUGCUGUGUGAGGCAUCCACGCCACUCACCGUAACUUCAGAAACUUAA